AACAUAACCCUGAUGCCACAUCACACGUUAGUUUUGGAUUAAAUAUGAUAGGCAAGCCCAAAUCGAAUCAAGCCAUGCGGGCCAAGAACUUCAGGAAGAGAACCCUAGAUCUGCAUGGUAAUGAUACCGAUGACGACGAAGAGGAGCGCCGGUUGGCAUUGGAGGAGGUGAAGCUCCGUCAGAAGCAACGGGAGAAGAAGGACGGAAUCCCGGCUCUCUCCACAACUCCACAGCAUUCAUCAGUCGGCCCCGGAUCCGCCUUCCGCAAGGGCUACGCCGGCAGAGGAGGAGGGGGCGGCGAUAAAGGCGAUGGAGAUGGCGGCAAGGAGGACCUCGUUCUGCAGGAUACCUUUGCUCAGGAGACAGCUGUUACCAUCGAGGACCCCAACAUGCUUAAGUAUGUGGAGCGAGAACUGGCAAAGAGGCACGGUAAGAAGAUCGACUCAGGUGAGAAGGAGGAGAAAGAUCCAAUGGAUGAAUUGUAUGUUGUGCCUGAACAUCUUAAGGUGAAGAAGAGGAAUUCGGAAGAAAGCUCGACACAGUGGACAACGGGGAUUGCUGAAAUCCAGCUUCCGAUAGAAUACAAGCUACGGAAUAUUGAAGAAACUGAGGCUGCCAAAAAGUUAUUGCAAGAGAAGAGACUUGUCAGGAAAACUAAAUCGGAGUUAAAUAUUCCUUCAAGUUAUAGUGCAGAUUACUUCCAACGUGGUCGGGAUUUUGCAGAAAAGCUUCAGAGAGAGCAUCCAGAGUUGUACAAAGGCCAAGGUACGAGAGAAAAUGAAAGGGAUGGAAAACCAACAGAAACUUCAGAUGCUGCAAGAUGGAGGCAAACUGCUACCGAUGAGUUUAUGCUUGAGAGAUUUCGGAAACGAGAAAGAAAUCGCGUGAUGCGAAGAUAAUCUUAAAUGUAA